GGAGAGGAGGCCAAGUUUACGAAUCCAUUCCUGGAAGAAGGGAUAUGAAUUGGGUUGGGCGUGAAAAGACAAGCGGCGGCCAUCUCCGCCGCCGAUAACAAUACUGUAUUUUAUCAGUUUGAGGAAAUAUUUUUCAACGCUGUUGCCUUUUGCGUUUUAUUACUUGCAAGAAACAAGCGUCCUUCGC